UCUCCCAUUUAACUCAGCUCCACGGGGCACAUGGCAUCUCCCUCUGCUCAUCACAAUGUCUGGAUCAAACAAAUGAAAAACAAAAACACGAUGGCCUCUCCCAGCAAAAGCUCCAGGGUUGGAAAGAGUCCCCUGGCAGGGAAUUGGCACCCCGUCGUGCCCAUCCUCUCUCUCUGACUGCCUGCUGGAAAUGCCCCCAUCUCCCUUUGAGUCCUCCUCCCAGGCGACCCCUGUGACCUGUAACCUCUGUCCUGAAAUCAUCACAAUGGCCAGGGUGGCCUCAGCUCAGGGCCUCUGUGACAUCACCAAGGACCUGGCACCAGAUGCCCAGUCUCCCAGUUGCGAGGGCAAGCAAACCCAUCAUGAGCAACUCCCUUCCCCAUCCCUGCUCACCAUGUGGAUGCUGAAAUCGUCCCUGGUCCUGCUUCUGUGCCUCACCUGCAGCUAUGCCUUUAUGUUCUCUUCUCUGAGACAGAAAACUAGCGAACUCCAGGGGAAGGUGCCGUGUGGAGAGCACUUUCGGAUUCGGCAGAAUCUACCAGAGCACACCCGAGGCUGGCUUGGGAGCAAAUGGCUCUGGCUUUUGUUUGUUGUUGUGCUGUUUGUGAUACUGAAGUGUCAAAGAGACAGUGAGAAGAAUAAGGAGCAGAGUCCUUCUGGCCUUCGAGGCUUCCCAUUUCGCACUCCACUAAAGAAAAAUCAAAAUGCUUAUCUUUACAAAGACUGUGUAUUCAAUACCUUAAAUGAACUUGAGGUGGAGCUUUUGAAAUCUGUGUCCAAAGUGCGGAAUCUUAAAGGUGCCAUGGCAACAGGCAGUGGCAGUAACCUCAGGCUUCGAAGGUCAGAGAUGCCUGCAGAUCCAUACCAUGUCACGAUCUAUGAAAUGCGGGGAGAAGAAAGCUGUAGCUGAAUGGAUUUGUGUGUCAGGAGAGAAAAAAAUUGAGUGUUGACAAACUGUAUGCAAACUAAUAAAACUAUUCUGAAGAAAAGAACUUCCACGUUUG